GCGAGCGGUCGCCGCGCUCGGAGCUCCACAAGUCCCCGGGAGCGGCCGGGGAGGGGUUCUUGGGCGCUCACGGGGCGUGCACUGGCAAAGCGAGACCAUUUCCCGGCAAGGGCGCCAGUUCCUCUGCUGCUCGGCCGGGAAGUCCGGGGCGGACUAGCGGAAAGCCCUACCGUCCAGGCCAGUUCCCUGGAGCAAACCGAGUGGCCUGGAUGUCCCUGAUUAUUAUUGUUGUUGUUUAUACUGCGAGCACGAAAUUCCUCCCCAGGGCCUCCUCCCCCGCCCGCUCCACCUGCUCCUCCCUCCUGUUGUAACAUGCCAUUAGUGAGACUGCGACCUCAUUUCCAAGGGUGCUAGAGUUCGCAUUCAGCCACCAUGGGGAAUGGGAUGAACAAGAUCCUGCCUGGCCUAUACAUCGGCAACUUCAAAGAUGCCAGAGAUGCAGAGCAAUUGAGCAAGAACAAGGUGACACACAUUCUGUCUGUCCAUGAUAGUGCCAGGCCUCUGUUGGAGGGGGUUAAAUACCUGUGCAUUCCAGCAGCAGAUUCACCAUCUCAGAACCUGACAAGACAUUUCAAAGAAAGUAUUAAAUUCAUUCACGAGUGCCGACUCAGGGGUGAGGGCUGUCUUGUACACUGCCUGGCCGGCGUCUCCAGGAGUGUGACUCUGGUGAUCGCAUACAUCAUGACCGUCACCGACUUUGGCUGGGAGGAUGCCCUGCACACUGUACGUGCAGGGAGGUCCUGUGCCAACCCCAACCUGGGCUUCCAGAGACAGCUCCAGGAGUUUGAGAAGCAUGAAGUCCACCAGUACCGGCAGUGGCUGAAGGAAGAAUAUGGAGAGAGCCCUUUGCGGGAUGCGGAAGAAGCCAAAAACAUUCUGGGUAAAUAUAAAGAGCAAGGGCGUGUGGAGUCCCAGCCUGGUACAAGGCGGUGGAGCAACUUUCAGACCCUGCCUCCUUUGGCCUACAGCAGCUAUACGACGGAGACCUAGUAACUGAGUGAUCUGGUGCCUGCCUGUCCAUCCCUUGUCUUCAGUGUAUUUCUGCCAGGUGCCCUGGCGUGCUGGCUGCCCCCGUGGAGGACAGGAAAGGGAGGGUGGCAAAGGUGGAUCCAGGCUCCUUCUCCAUGAAUCCACCAGCCCUGCCCCAGGCCCCUUCAUCCUGCCUACUCCUGCCCUGCCUGAGCUUGGGGAGUCUGCUUGGCUGCCCCACACCGACUCACGCGUGCGCCUGUGUGCGUGUGUGCCCAUGCGUGUGGAUGUGUGAACUCUAAAUGUUCAUAUUGCUGGAGCAGUCACAAAAUCCAUGCUUCCAGGCUUGGUAUCACCACCUUUCCUUUUGUCCAAGACUCCACAUGGAAAUCAUUUGAAGUUAACAUCUUAAAAGCUGCUCAGCAUAAAGCAGCCUAUGGCUGGGAGCAGACGGAACCCAGAGUGGUCAUGGUGAGGGCAGCAGGAGGCCAGACUCCCUCCUGAGGGUGGUUCGCCGGGGCCCUCAAAGGUGUGUGGGGGUGUGCUCUGAGCAUUGCCUCGAUCUUAAUGAAAGUGCCCCAGGCUGUGGUUCCUACCACCUCAAGUCAAGACCCUCUUCUCAGCCUAUCAUGCCCCUGAGUUCUUGGUGUGUGUUCUCAGGGGCACUGACUCUGUUUCAGUUCCAUGGGGAGCACAACCCCCUCAGCCCAAGCUAUAUGCCCAGAGCCCCUUCCUUUCUCCUCCUGUCCAGCUUCACUUACUCUCAACCUCUUGUUCUCUUGCUGUUAAAACUCUGCAAGGGCCUCUUUGCAACAUCUGCAUGCAUCUUCAGGAAUUGGGAAGAAAGAGCAUUUAUUAGGCACUGUAGCAAGUUUGCAUUUAAAAUACAUUUUAAAAUGCCUGUGCACUUAUUAAGCACCCUUCGUGUAUGCUGUGGAUUUGAUAUGUGAUCUCAGCUACCUCAUUAAAUGUUUUUUGAAAAGGUA